GUGACAUGUCGGCCGGCAAAGAUAAAGCGCGUGUGUUGAUCUCCUACGGUGUUUUACUCGUCCUGACGAAACUUACUGUCCUGUCCCCGCUACCUUCGUCGCCGACAGACCUCUCGAAUUUGCAGGAUGUACUGGGUGUUUCUGGGGUUGAUGGGGUCCGCCAUCGCGGCGCAGAGCUCUUACGAUUUGGAGACCAGAGCGGUGUCUUUUCCCGGAAAACCGAACCUGGGACCGCUUUAUUCGGCUGGACUGAGCGCUCAAGGAUUCCGCGAUAACAGUUACGAGGACAAUGCGGUGACACCCACGCCCUCACCGACACCGAUUUUCAGGAAUCCCAAUCAACAACCAGUGUAUCGCAAGCCGACGGCGCAGAUAGAUCGCGAUUAUCCUCAACCGACGCCCAUUCGCGUCGGUUCUUCACGCGCUCCCGUUCGGGGUCAGCCCGGAUACGGACCCAACGGACCAACCCAGGAGGAACUUGAGGAAGAGAAGGAGGAACCCGAUCGUCUCAGCCUUCUCCUGCCCCAGAGCAGAUUCGACUGCGUCAACAAACAGACCGGAUACUACGCUGACGAAGAUCUCAAUUGCGAGGUCUUCCAUUAUUGCCAGGAUAACGCCAAGCACUCUUGGAUCUGCCCCGAGGGUUUCACUUUCCACCAGGUGCACCUUAUUUGCAUGCCACCUAGCGGCGACAUCAGUUGCAAGAAGAGUUCGCAGUAUCACUUCGUCAACGAAUACUUGUACAAGCCGCUGAAUCUUCAGGAAGCUGAAACCAAGCCCAACGUUACCUUGAGGUACAGCGAGAGAUAUUAUCCUUCGGAUAUCUACACAGAUGAAAGAGAGGUCGGCGAUUAUCAGAUCACUCCGACGCCUGCCCCGCAGCCUCGUCGCCCUGCACCGCAGGUCCUUGUAAGCUCACAGUCCUCAAGUUUGAACAGCAUUCCAACAUCGGCUCGUCCGCAGUCCGCAGGAAUUCCGCAAUUUCGUCUCCCGGUGAAUCAAGUAUUCCACAGUCCCGAAGAGGUGAACAUCCCGCUUCAGCACAGGCGGCCGCAGCCACAGCAGCAUCAAGCCAUCAGACGAUAUCCUCAAGUACAACUCGAUGAGGAGGACUAUGAAUAAUAGAUCCUCGAAUUUUCUUUCAAAUUCAACGAAUUCUCUUCAAUUCACUCAUCAGAGAUCUUCAUUUCUCAUAAUUCUUCUACAAGUCAUUGCUUCCUUACGCGCAAAAUGUCAUAAUAAUCUUGAGAUAUCCGAGAAUUUUUUUUUCUUUCACGUUGUACUGACGGCUUGUGCAUUCUCAAAGAAAUUGGUUAGAUUGAGAAAAAAA